UCAUUCAUCAUCGAUACCUAUUUAUUCAAAUUGACUUUUAAAGUGAGCUAAUCUUUAAUUAAUUAUCUAAAUGUCAUGUGUAUGUACGUAUGUUACACAUAAGCAUAGGUAAUUAUUAAGUUUGCAAUAUAUAGGAGGAAGGAGACAGUCAUCACUGUUAUUAGUUCGAAGCACGUUCGAAGCCAACCUCUAUCAUUUACAGGUCGGUGUAGCGAUCAUAGGUGGUGUUGAAGGUUGUGAUUAUUUGACCUACUUGGUAAUUGACAGUAGAAAGUUUAUCUCUAAAUUUCACUUUCAAUAGGUAAAUAAAUAAUAUCGAAGAUUACUAUUUUGAAAAAUUAAGGACUAAUAACCAUGUCGUGCCCUUUUCUUACUAAACUCAGUCAAAGUUACGUGAAAAAUUAUGCUUCCGUCUUGAUAAAAAUGUAUGGCAACCAGUGCCCUGUGAUUUCAAGAUCCAUGAACAAUACAGCCAAUAAUUUGGAAGUUAAAAGUCAAGAUGAAAAUAAAUCAAAAACUUGUCCCUUUUUAAACGAAGUAUCUCCUUUUAUUAAGGAAAUCAAACAAGAUGAUACAAUUAUUGAAGCCGCAUCAAAAAAUGAAAAACAUGUUGCUGAUCAAAGUAAGGAUGUCUUUGUCUAUGAUCAAUUUUUUCAUCAACAAAUAAUGAAAAAAAAGAAGGAACACUCUUACAGGAUUUUCAAAAAAGUCAAUAGACUGGCUGGGCCAGGAGAAUUUCCCAAAGCUUUAGAAUACUCUUGGGGUCAAAAACCCAUCACCGUUUGGUGUUCAAAUGAUUAUUUGGGAAUGUCUUGUCAUCCUGAAGUGAAAGCUGCUGUAAGAGAUGCCUUAGACAAAUAUGGAACUGGAGCUGGAGGCACUCGCAACAUCUCAGGAAACUCAACGUUGCAUGAAAAACUAGAAAACGGUCUUGCUAAAUUGCACAAUAAAGAAGCUGCUUUACUUUUUACAUCUUGUUUUGUAGCCAACGAUUCCACCUUAUUUACUUUAGCUAAGGCACUUCCAGGCUGUCAUAUUUUUUCUGACUCUGGCAAUCAUGCUUCCAUGAUUCAAGGAAUAAGAAAUAGCCACGUACCCAAGCACAUUUUCAGACACAACGAUCCCGCCCAUUUAGAAGAACUGCUUCAAAAGGUUGAUAAACGUAUUCCCAAAAUUGUGGCAUUCGAAACUGUGCAUUCCAUGUCGGGUGCUGUUUGUCCUCUAGAGGAACUCUGUGAUAUUUCUCACAAAUAUGGAGCCUUAACUUUCGUGGAUGAAGUUCACGCCGUAGGACUAUACGGCGAACAUGGUGCUGGUAUUGGUGAAAGAGAUGGAGUGAUGCACAAAAUGGAUAUGAUCUCUGGAACAUUGGGAAAAGCUUUCGGAAAUGUCGGGGGAUACGUCGCUAGCAACAUGCUUCUGAUCGACAUGGUGAGAUCGUAUGCAGCAGGUUUUAUUUUCACAACUUCACUGCCACCAACGGUUCUGGCUGGUGCUAGCAAAUCGAUCGAAAUUCUUGCCUCUGAAGAAGGUCGAAAACUACGCAUAAAACACCAAGCUAACGUUAAAUACCUCAGAAAUUCUCUUCUGCAACUUGGAUUUCCAGUGGAGCACACCCCAAGUCAUAUCAUACCCAUAAAAAUCGGAAACCCUCUACAAUGCGGAGCUGUCUGUGAUACAUUACUAAUAGAAAAAGGUCACUAUAUUCAAGCAAUCAAUUAUCCGACAGUUGCUAAAGGAGAGGAGAAACUGAGAUUGGCUCCAACGCCUCAUCAUACCAAGGAGAUGAUGGACACUUUAAUACGAGACUUGCAUGAAGUGUGGAUCGAUUUGAAACUACCAUUUACAGGACAGCAGUGCGGAAAACACUGUGAAUUUUGCCAGAAACCACUAUUGUUCGACCAUUUCGAGUUAAGGGAAAACCGUUCUUGCGCUACAGAAGCUGUCUGUGAUAUACCGAAUUGCCCUCAGCUGGUGCCAAUCACAGUAUAACAUUAAUUUACACGUUUUCCUAAAUAAUGUCGGUGUUGGUUAAGAAAGGUUAUAAAUUGGCUUGGUGGUAAUAAUUUACAAUGUUCGUACUAUUUAUAUAAUUUCAAGUCUCAAAAUAAAAACACUAAUUUUUACAAAUUAUUAAGAUAUUUUGAAUAUAUUUUCGAUAGAAUCGAAAGAAUUGUUAACAAAAAAUAAAGUCAUGUUUAAUAGAAAAUAAAUAUCAAUUAUUUAACUUAAAAUCAGAACAAUUUCUAUUAAAAAAAA